GCACAUGUCACGACAAAUCUUGGUACAACUUACUGUAUUUCAGAGAAAAAAUUUUCCCGUUUCGAUUUCGAUUUAAUUAAAAAAAAAAACUGAAAGACAAGGAGAAAGUGUUCCAAUUAUUACAAGGCGAGAUCUACAUGUAUUAUUGAGCUGCAGGUUCAAAAUCUGAAAACCAUUAGACCAUGGCAUUAGAAGAGGUCAAGAGCAUGCUGAGAGCAGUUCUUAUGAGCUGUAAAGAGGGUGUCCCCGCCCACAUAUUACAAAGAGACUACCGUGAAAUCACACAGGAACCUCUGCCCUUUAAGAAGCUGGGGUUUUCUAAUUUGGAUGAUUUCAUCAACAGUAUACCAGAUGUUGUCAGAGUCAGAAAGAAUAAGCAGGGAGAGAUUGUUUAUCAUGCUGUCGCUAACGAGGAGACAGCACACAUACAAUCUAUGGUGGCCAAACAAAGAAGUACAAAGAAAAACAAAAAACUCAAGCCUGCAGUCAGAAGACCAAUGAGAAGAGCUGAGCCAUUUAAAUCUUUCUCCCAGGGGGGAGUUGUAAGACUCCCACCCAAAGGAAAACCCCCACCCUGGGGACAGAGACCCACCCUAGGGCAAGCCAAUCGUACUCCUUACAGAGGAAGGCCUCCAUUACUAGGCAAAUCGCCACUCAAUAUACAGAUUAACUCUGGUGAUGGCAACAGACGUCAAGUAACUGUAAACAGAGCAUUUAACGCUGCAAUGGUUGCCGCUACAACAGAACCACAUGUGCCAGAUACUGGUUUUGGCCACAGAUUUGAGAUACCUCCAAGGUUCGCCAGAAAAUUUCAAAAUGGGAAAGAAAAUAUUCCGUCAGAAAACAUGAACACCAGUAAACAAAAACCAGAAAACACCAGUACGCAAAAACCAGUGUCCAAGCCCCCAUUGAGGCAGAACAAACUUAAUUUUGUUAAAGUCCCUGAUGGAGAGAGAUAUCUCCAAACUCUAGAAACCUAUGCCAGAGCCAACAAUAUCAGACUGGUGUUUGACAGUAUCAUGACGAAGGUGACAAAUAACCCUGGUUAUGUCGGCUCCGUCAAAUUUAACGGCAAAACCUACGGAAGUGGAGAUGUGUAUGGUAGUGAGGAUGAUUCUAAGUAUGCCGCGGCUCGUACCGCAGUCCAGAGUCUCGGACUUCUCUCUUCAUCAGCAGAGAACAGCUCAUGUACACAAAGUCCAUUAACAUCAGAAGCGGAGGUCAAGGAGCGAGUCAGAGAGUUGGUUAAAGGGAAGAACAACGGAAUUUGGGACACCCGCCUUCAAAUACUUUAUAAGGAGCAGUACAAUGAAGAACCCCCUGCUAAUCUUGUGUAUUACAUAGAGAACUGGCCCGAUAUAGUCAGGGUAGAGGCGUGUUCACUAACAGGUAGAAACAGACUUUACCCUGUGACUGAGGAACAAGACAAAGGGGACCACGGGGGUCCCGCGACCCUCCCCAGACCAAUCACAGCACAGGCUGGAGGGGACGCACCACCUGUAAUAGAAUCUACUCAGCCAGCAGUCAGUCAAAAGAUCAAAGAGUUAAAAGUACCAACUGGAGAAAAUUUACCUAUUGGGGAGAAAGUGACCGUUUACAUGACGUACCUGGGAGAUGAUGGGAGUUUUUGUGUUCAGCAUGAAGACAGUGCCAUAUUUGAGAUUACAGAAAAAAUCGACAUAGUGGCUAAUGGACCAGUUCCUGAUUUGGAGGAUUUAGAGCCGGGGAGAUUUAUUGCUGCGUUGUAUAACACAGGGACAGAGGAACUGUGGAGCAGGGCGGAAAUAAUCAGUAGGGAGGGGACAACAGUGGAUGUUGUGUUUAUUGACUACGGUAAUAGAGCCACAUGUAACCAGGAGGUCACCCGAUUUCUGACGGAGGAGCUCGCCCAGUACCCUGUACAAGUCAUCUUCUGUUUCCUCUAUGGAGUAACCCCGUUAGAGGGUGAAGAGUCAUGGUCCAAAUCUUUUAAAGAGAGGUUUGCUGAGAUAGUAACAGAGCAGAAACUGACUGCCAUUACAAGAGAAAUUUUAAGCGAUGCCACUCACACUGUUGACCUCUUUCUUUCUGACGAUACGACGAGUAUUAACGACAAGCUAGUCUCAGAGGGCAUACUCAGAAAGAUAACGGAAGAGGAGCAGGCAGAAUCUCUCUGCGGAGAGCCAGAGGAUCUGGAGUUACCUACAGACAAUAUGUGGGACGUGUAUGUGUCUUACAUCCUCACCGGUACCACCUCUGUCAUGAUACGACUGAUCGGGGAAAACCACUCGGACAAACUGGAGGAUCUAGAGAGGAGACUGGAGGACGCCUUCCACUCGGCGCCGGAGGAUGUAGAGAUAAGUGAGGGACAGGUUUGUGUGGCGUAUUUAGACGAAUUGUUCCAUCGUGUCCGGGUCCUCAAGAAGGAGGAGAAAAAGUAUGAGUGUUACUAUUUGGACCAUGGUGAUGUGGAUGGAUUGAUUCCUGACCAACUACGACCCCUUGAUCCAAACAUUAACAAGAAUCUCCCCUACCAGGCCUUUGAGGUAUCAUUAAAUGGUCUAGAGGCCUAUGCAGGGAAUGUAACUGUACUAGAGAAAUUGUGUGAUAUGGCGCUAGGUAAAACUCUGGUGGCAGAGGUCACAGCAAGGGAUGGGAUUUUUUCUGUUGUAUUGUAUGACACAGAAGGCGACUCAGACAUAAAUAUUAAUCAAGAAAUCCUCAAAGCUGUGCAGUUGGAAUCGGAAACAUCUUUGCUAGCAGCCGCCGGAAGUAACCCUCAGUCUACAGAGUCAUCGCCCCUUCCUCAGCGUAGAAUCACUGAAUUAUCGACCCAGCCAAUCGCAACCUCUGACUUAUCUACCCAGCCAAUCGCAACCUCUGACUUAUCUACCCAGAAAAUCACAACCUCUGAUUUAUCUACCCAGCCAAUCACAAGCCCACAAUCCCUCUCUCCCACAAGACAACCACAGAACUCUGCAAAUAGUGAUGCUCAGUCAACAUCCGUACAAGUCCCCAAAGAAUCCCAGCCUACGAAGAAGAGUUCAAGAGAGGGAAAAGAAAGAGGAGGCACAGAGUCCUGGGAAUCGGAGAGUGGGGAGGGGUCCUGGGAAACAGAAGAAGAAGAGGUUGUAGAGGGAGCCGUGGCCAGGAAACCCAUGUCAGCCGGUGCUGUACCAAAACUCGCGUCAGCUGGUGCCAUACCGAAAUCCACGUCAGCUGGUGCCAUACCAAAGUCAGCUGGUGCCAUACUGAAAUCCACGCCAACUAAAACCUCACCAAAAAAAGAUGCUCACAAUGUUACCGAAAAAAGUGCAUACAGUAACGUUACUUCACCGGUGAAAAAAUUGACAGAGGGAUUAUCUAGUCUUACUACACAAGAUUCUGUGAUAUCGGACACUCCCCCAGGGGUGAGAGCAGAUGGUGUGCCCAAGGACCAGGGGGGACAAAAUAUAUACACAUGGAGGAGAAAUUCCUCGGAACUUUCUUGUGAGGCCUUGGAGGAUAUCAAUUCUUACAAUAAAAGACCAGUGCCAAAAACUUUCACAAUACCCCCUAAGGGGGAAUAUUGUGAUUUACAUAUUAUCAAUAUUUUUGACCCUACAAACUUUGUGUGCAUACCUUUCCAACACAUGGCCGAGUCAGAGAAACUGCUGAAAGAAAUGAUGGAAUAUUUCAACUCCAAUCAAAGUCUGACUUUAAAGAAUUCGGACCUGAUGGAAGGUCAGAUGUAUGCUGGAAAUAAAGAUGGUAUGUGGUAUCGGGUAAUAAUCAAAAGCAAGAUCACUUCCAGAAACAUGGCCUCUGUAUAUCUUGUUGACUGGGGGGAGUUCACUCUCCUGAAUUUAGAGGAGAUAAAACCUCUACCUAUCUGCUUCACAAAGCUCCCACAACUAGCAUUCAAAGGAAAACUUUAUGGAGUGAAGCCAGCCAAGGACUCUUACAUGUGGAGUGAGGCCGCCAAGUACAAGUUUAUCCAGAUGGCUCACGAUCGCAGCUUGGUUGCGCUGAUUUGUGGGAGUGAGCAGGUGGGGGGACAAGAGGUGGUGUCCCUGAGACUGAUGGAUACCUCUGACCCAGAUAGGGAUGUCUGUCUGGACGAGGAACUCUUAGAGAUGGGGGUGGCCGAAAAAGUCAGAUAGGGAUGUCUGUCUGAACGAAGAAUGGGGUGACCGAAAAAGUCAGGUUUUCUUCAUGAUCUAUGGAAUUGAGCUGUUCAAUUAUUGAAGUACAUGAGCAUCUAUACUAUCAGCCCUUAACCAUGUAUUUAAAAUUCAAAUGACUUUUAUAAAGUGUAGAUAUUAUGUAUAGUCUAUCCAAAUUGCUUUAAAUUCAACAAAAACCUGUCAAAUAGUGUUAAAACGCAGGACUUGAUGCAUUCUAGUGCCAUGUAUUUCAUAACAUCAUUUAUGUUUUAAAUUGAAGAAACAUUGAUCACAAAAAUGAUAAAUUUUAGGUUCACACACCACUUGUACUAAUGGUGUAUGUGUGUUGGAAGUUACAUUACCAUUACUUUAAUACUAUGUGCAGUGAAUGGUGAAUAUAUUUUGCCUUUUUAAACAUAACUUACUGGUUUAUCUCAGACUUGUGAAGUGGAGUGUUUUAUUAAAGUGAAAACUGCUCCUGAAAUCAUAGCAGAUUUAUAUAAUAAAUAUGUAGAUAUGUAUACAUACUUUGUAUAGCUUGAUGUUGAUAUAUAACAAAUGGAAAGUUGGCAACUACAUACAUAAUAUUAAUUCUCAUUAACAAUGCACAUGUAGUUGCUCAAAAAUUUGUUAUUUUAUGAUUUUCAUAUCGGACUUCAGCUUGCAUCAUUAAUGGCAUUUCUUUUGCAGUACUGUUAAAUAUUUGUUGAUGAAAUAAAAUGUUUAAACUUGAAAA